GAGCAGAGCACUUUACUCCUCCCUCAGAAUGAAUGGAGACCAGAAGUUGGACCCUUAUGCCCAAGCAAAGCAGGAUUUCAUCCAGCAUUUCUCCCAGAUUGUCAAGGUGCUGACCGAGGAUGGCGUGGGCCACCCGGAGACCGGAGACGCCAUUGCCUGGCUCAAGGAGGUCUUGGAGUACAAUGUGAUUGGCGGCAAGUGCCAGCGGGGUUUGACUGUGCUGAUAGCAUUUCAGGAGCUGGUAGAGCCAAGGAAGCAGGAUGCCGAUAGUCUCCGGCGGACCCUGACUGUGGGCUGGUGUGUGGAACUGCUCCAAGCUUUCUUCCUGGUGUCCGACGACAUCAUGGACUCAUCCCUCACCUGCCGGGGGCAGAUCUGCUGGUAUCAGAAGCCAGGCAUAGGUUUGGAUGCCAUCAAUGAUGCUUUGCAUGAAGAGUGUAUCUACCACCAGCUGAAGCUCCACUGUCGGGAGCAGCCCCAUUACCUGAACCUGAUAGAGCUUUUCCUGCAGAGUUCCUAUCAGACCGAGAUCGGACAGACCCUGGACCUCAUCACAGACCCCCAGGGCAAUGUGGAUCUUGGCAGAUUCACUGAAAAGAGGUACAAAUCUAUGGUCAAGUACAAGACCGCUUUCUACUCGUUCUUUCUUCCUAUGGCGGCUGCCAUGUACAUGGCGGGCAUUGAUGGGGAGAAAGAGCAUGCCAAUGCCAAGAAGAUCCUGCUGGAGAUGGGGGAGUUCUUUCAGAUUCAGGACGAUUACCUCGACCUCUUUGGGGACCCCAGUGUGACAGGCAAGAUUGGCACAGACAUCCAGGACAACAAAUGCAGCUGGCUGGUGGUUCAGUGUCUGCAGCGGGCCGCUCCUAAACAGCGUCAGCUUUUUCAGGAGAAUCAUGGACAGAAGGAGGCGGAGAAGGUGACCUGGGUGAAGGCACUGUACGAGGAGCUGAAUAUGCCCGCCGUGUUCACGCAGUAUGAGGAAGACAGCUACGGCCACCUUCUGGGCCUCAUCGAGCAGUAUGCCUCGCCCCUGCCCCCGGCCAUCUUCCUGCUGCUGGCACACAAGAUCUACAAGAGGAAAAAGUGA